UAGCAACCUCCUUGGCUCCCUCAGGCUCACCACAGGCGAGGGGACAGGUGAAGGGCUUGAUGUUGCCCCUAUUGGGGAUGAUGAGAAAAUACAGGGAAAAGUGCACUCAAAAGUCUCCAUGUAUGACAGAUAUGUAAAUUGAUUGGAGGAUGCAGGAUUAAGACAUGGAAUAUAUUUUUUCUGUUUUAAAAGUUUGAUAGUGCUUAAGAAGAGAAUUAAAAACUUUUACUCAAUACCAUUAUUUUAAUAACUUUCUACUGAAUAUAUAUCUUAAAAAUUGGACAAUUUCAGGGAUCUGAAACAAUUUUUAUUCAUUCAAGAUAUAAAUCAAAGCUGAUUAACUUUGAUAUGAAUAGAGAAAAUGUUCUCAAAAAAGGCGUAAAAACACAUCGUUAGGAAAUUAAAAUACCAAGUGAAAAAAAUACCAGUGUAACUUUAUAAUACUAUUCCAAAGGAGACUUUAAACAGACAAUAAAAUUGAACAAUGAAGAAAGUGAUAGUUCCAUCAGUUGAGGAUGUUCCAACGUCUGGAUUUUUUACUCGUUUCUUGAUAUACACAGCUGUCGUGUCUUUUAUUGCAUUAGUAAAAUGGCUGAUGGAUGAUGUGAAGUUGUUUGAGCACCAGAGAGCUAUACAGUUAGACGCUGUGAAGUCAAUGCAGAAAUCCAAGAUGAAACAUGACCAUAAAUAUAAACUUACAGAAACCAUGGUGAAUGAUAUAUUCAGGGUAUUAGAGGAGUCGAAAAACAACUUGACAGAAUAUGGCUUUGUACCUGGGGAUCCCUUUCCUGAAAAUGAGACAAUCAGAGAUGCCAUGUCAAAUGUAUUUGAGAACACAGCGAUGUUUGGGGACCUGAUACUACGGCUUCCUGAUAUUACACAUGAUAUCUACGACAAAAAUAAACACUGGGAGUUUCUCAUUGGUUGGGCUGUCUGGUUUUCUAUGGAAUCUGGAGUAUUCCAGGGACCAAAUGAACAAUUAUUAUCAUUAAUGUCAAUGGAGCUAGGUUUAAUGCCAAAAGAUGAAAAUUUUGUAAAUCCAUAUCAAGAGAUGGAAUUUUUAAAGGAGAUGGAAGAAGCAGAAAGAGAGAUGGAAGAAAAGAAAAACAAAGAAAAGACAGAAAAAGGAAAGAAGAAACCACAGAAUGUAAAGCCAAAAAGAAAAGGUCCGAAACUUAGUGGUGGACAUCAUUCAGAAUUAUGAAAGGAUCUUUUCGCUACUGUUUAAUCCCUCUUUUAUGUAACAAGUUUUUUUUCCUGAUUUGAGUUGAAAUAUAAGACAAUGCCAUUGAGUUUAUACAUAAUUAAAAAAUUUUGGCGUCCAAAAUUGCAGAAAUUUGCAAUAUUAAAUAUCCCAAUGAAACUGUUUCUUACAGUAACUUCAAAACAGGAUUAUGAAAAAAAAAAUCGAAGGUCAUCAUGCUUGUUCAGGAGUUACCUGCCCUUGAAUAUGCAAAUUUGAAGAAAAAUCCAGUUUUAAGGGCAGAUAACUCCUAAACAAGCACUGUGACUUAUGAUAUUUUUUGCAUUUUUUCUGUUUCUAACAUGAAACUGUGCUCAUAUACAAAGUUUGAACAAAUUCUAUUAUUGGGAAAUUUUUGCCCCAUCUCUCAUACAAGAAACUGCAGCAAGUGUCUUUAAAAGAACCUUGAACAUGGUAAUAGGAGCUUUUUAAGUGUCCAAAAUGUCUUGAUUUGUUUUGUAGUUACUGUAAGAAACAGUUUCAUUGGGGUAUUUACUAUUGCAAAUUUCCGCAAUUUUGGACACCAAAAAUUUUAAGAAUUGAAGAUGUGGCUUUAUUUGCUGAUUGAUUUUUAUAAAAACUUCUAGGAUACCUUAAUUAGCAUAAAAGUAACCUUUCCAUUGGAAAAAAAAUCGGAAAUGUUCUAAAAAUUAAGUUUAAAAUUGUAAUUUUGCACAUUUUUCACAAUGGGGAAUACACAUUUCUGGCCAAAAAGUUGACAUUAUUGCAGAUAUUUUAAAAAAUCAAAAAAAUCCUACUACCACCUUAGGAGGUCUUUAGAAUAUUGUAUUUUUUUGCCAGAAUCUUGCAAAAUAAAUCCACAAUAUGAGGAGGAAAACCUGUUAUAGAUUAGUUGGUUCGGACAGUAGAUUAAAUCCUAAAAAAAUGUUCAAAAUCCAUUUAACAAAUAUUUUAAGUUUCUAAAUUACUAAGUGUUCUUACUGAUGUGUAAAGGUUGCAACACAAAUUUUUACACAGUAUCAUUGAGCUUCAAAAACACAUUUUAACCAAGGAAGAAGUAGUAUAGCAAAUAUCCUAAGAUUUUUAGAAGCUACUUUAAAUAUUUUAGUGAAAAUGAAUUAAAAAGCAGGAACCUUUCUUUUUAUAGGAGAAGAUAUAUUGUUUAAUUUUUUAGUGGUUUAGAAAAUUACUUUAUUUAGUCAGUCAAAUGUGGCACUAUCUCUGUAUUAAUCAAUGUCUGGAGGAAGAAAUUUCUCUUAAAAGCUGCCAUAUUUAUUUUAUAAUUAUGUCUCCCCCAUAGGUGGAAGACAUAUUGUUUUUGCCUUUGCCGUCCGUCUGUCUGUCUGUCCAUCCAUCCGCAUUAAGCUUAUCCGGCUUUCACAGGUCAAGCUGCUGGCCGGAUUUCAACGAAACUUCACAGGAGUGAUCAAUAUCAAGCCUAGUUGUGCAUAUCUCCGGCAUGUUCCGCUUCCCUGUACCAAAUGGCCACCAGAGCUAAAAAUAGAAAAUUUUGUCCAGCUUUCACAGGUCAUACUGCUGGACAGAUUUCGACGAAACUUCACAGGAGUGAUCAGUACCAAGCCUAGUUGUGCAUAUCACUGCACAAAAUGGCUGCCAGAGCUAAAGGUAUACAUAUGUUUUUGUGACAAAAACACCUUCUAGUUAUCUCUGGUAUUAUGAAACCAAUGAUAGGCAUUUCAAAAUUGUAUUGUUAUGAAUAACCCACAUGUCAUUUUCAUCCUGUGUUGUAUGAGAAGACUACCGAAAUAUAGGUAUGGAACUGGUGAUGUCUGGUAUAAGCAAAACAGCCAGUGGCCCAAGAGAGCAUCUGAAUUUGGUCAAGCUGGUGAAUAAAUGAAAAGGUUACUGAGUGAUUUGUAUUUACAAAAAAUCAUGUAAAUCUUAUUUAUGUAUGUGUGUGCAAGCUUACAUGUACUUAUAGUUACCACUGGUAGCUGAUAUGAACAUUUGUUCCAGAAGAUUGUUAGUAAAUUUUAGUGGAAGGAUAGUGCAAGAUACAGAAGAUGCUCAAAUUCCAGAAGAUUCCCUAUUUUUUCAAGUGCAGGGUGUAUAGCACACAUGACUCCUAUCCCAAUGUUAGUUGUUUUUAGUUGGAGCGAGAGCUUAAACUCGUGAUCCCUGGUUUCGUAGUCAGACAGUGUUACCAUUGGACUACGGUAUCUGCUCUAAGGUUACCUUCAUUGACAGCUUAUAAAUCUUUCUGAAACACUCAUUGGUCAAGUGAGCUUCACAUAUGGUUCCUUAAACACUGAUAAUGACGGAAAAAUUCAUGUAAACUUCCGUAACUGUAAAUUUAAGAGAUGAAAAGGGAUAUAACUUUGCGGGUAUAAAAAAAAUACAUUUUGUAUGUAGCUUUGUUGGCAUAUCUGAACUUCAACCUACUCUUUGAUUCACCUAAUCAACAAAUAAAGACAUAGCUUUUUUGUACAGUCGAACUUGGAUAAUUCAAACACCAUCCUACACUUGAACUCUUCAUUAGGUUCCGGCAGUAUCCUUAUUGAAUGUAUAUUGUUUGAUUGCUCAAACUGCUUAAAACUUGGAACAAGUCGAGUUCGAGCAAACAAAUUUCAACUGUAAAGUUUAGAACUUUUUGUAUCCAAAAUGGACUCAUUUUGUAAUGGAAAAUGUCCUAUUAAUGUAUUUUUUUAUGAUUAAUUAAAAGCUAACCAAGACAUUUUGAAAAUUACAAAAGUUCUUAUUAUCAUACUCAGAGAUCUUUGGUGUAUAAUAUGAAAUGAUGUUGUUCUAAUUUCAAAAGAAAUCAACUAAAAAAGUUGUUGAAAAGGUGGAUCAAGCAGUAGGGCUAUAUUUGUACAAUAUGUAAUAUAGAGGGUUGCUCAAUGGAGAGGGGUUUAUCAGAGAAUCCAAUCAAAUAUAUAUGUGACAAAAAAUUAUGUACAGUUAUUCAUAAUGUGCUAUUUAUUUUACCACUGUGUUCAUUAUAUAGUGCAAAUAUAUCAGAAUGUUUGUACUACAAUCGUUUUUUUUUUAAAAAUACAUUAUAAAUUGCAACAUGAAUUAUUUGAUAGAAGACUGGUCAUAAUCAUUAUUAUUUAGUAUCUUGAAAAUAUUAUAGAAAUCUUCCAACAGUUGAGGUGUAGAUUAAACAUCUGACCCGGGAGUGAGUAUUUAAACAGUAAUGAGGGUCUCCAUCCACAAUUACAAUCUGUGAUGUAUUCUUUUUCUUGCAUACCAUUAUAGCCUUCAAAUAAUAGGAAAAAAAAGUGCUUUUUUUAUAGUUUAUACAUCAGUUGUGAAGGAAGUUCUACAACUUAUAUUAAUCACUCUCGACACCUCAUUCCUGAUGGAAUCUAUUGCCAUGAGUGCUUUUCUUUUAAGCACUAUUUUAUUGUAGUAGCUUAUGAAUUCAAGCAUUCAUUCAUUGAUUACAGUACAAAAGCUAUCUGACACCCCGAGGUGUUGGACAUGUUUUUCCAGGACCAGCAAAAUUACAGGAAAGUCCUACCAGGUAUGCAAUACACUUUGAGUUCAUAGCUUUUUCAUUUCCUUAUCCUGUUUAUAUAUUUACGAUCUUUAAUGCUGAAACCAGCACCUAUUUGAUUAUAAUACAAUGAAAAUUGGAAAGGAGGCAAAAUAAAUGUACAGAAUAUUAAAUUUUCCCUAAAUUGUCUGUAAAACACUAAACUUGGCCAUGUAGUCUUAUAUUCGCAAAAAAUACCCAAAUUAUGAUCUUUUGGUCAGAAUUAGCAAAAAAUACUAAAAGAAAGUUAAAACUGUACAGUAUGAAAUUUUUUGAUAUCCUUCAAAGACAAUUAAUCUUGAAACAAUUUUUCCUUUAUCCUCUGAGUGUUGGAAAAAACGUCUGCAGGAGGGGUUUAAAAUAAUACUUUUUCCUCUGGCUUCAGAUAGUUUAUGAUAAAGUGUCAUAUUUGUGUGUUUCACUUCAUAUUAAGUGGUAUACAAACAGUCUUGAAGAUUUUAGCUCUGAUCCUGCAACCUUUCAUCACCUCUUCUUGGAUUUUCAUUUUCUCAGAUCAUAUAUGGGGUCGAUUUUAGUCAAAAUCCACAUAUAUUCAACUAUUUUUUUUUGGGCAUCAUUUGUUUGGUUUUGCCAUCAUGUAUAUGGUUCUGGCAAUAUGUUUUUGGUAUGGCAUCAGGUUUGUUUUGGGAUUAGCAUCAUGUUUUUUUUUAAUUUUCAUGUCAUUGUCAAUAUCAGCAAUAGCUGGUACAUUAAUGAUUCAUGUUUUUAUGUUAUGGAUAUCAAAAUUGCAAAUAUUAGCUCAAAUUAAGACUAUGAUAUUUAUUUAUAUUUUUUAUUGAUUAUACUCUGAAUUGCUUUAAAAACCCAACAUUUGCAUUACUCUAUGUAAUUCCUAUUUUAGGUACUGGUUUUGAUUCAAAUUUUCUAAGAAAUUGUGUGAUAUAUAACUCCUACUUGACAAAAAUUUUAAUAUGAAGCAAUGUUGUCAGUAUUUGCAUUUCUGUGAGCUUCACAGGUCAUGCAGUACAAAAUGAAAGUCACAAAAUGACACAGAAUAUUUGUUAAAAUAAGGGCUUCUUUGUCUGCAAUCAUUUGUCCUCUACCUCUGAUUCAUAUGGGGAAGUUGGCAGUUACUUGGGGAAAACAGGUUUAUACUGGUACAGAAUCCAGGAACACUGGUUAGGUUAACUGCCCGCCGUUACAUGACUAAAUUACUGUUGAAAAACGGCGUUAAACCCAAAACAAACAAAUCAAAUGUUCACUCUUACCUUUUGCUUAUCAAAAUGCAGUGUGUUUUAAAGGGGUACUAUUUUGUUGAUUGUAGAAUUAUUCUUACUUUUUAUGAAAACAUUAAAUACCAUAAGUGAAAAUGUGAAGUAUUAAAAAAGAUACUUUGGGAUGUUACAACUGCUCUUAUUUGCAUAAUUUACUGGCAAACACAUGCAGGAAGCUAGUGUGUUACAUUUAAAUAUAUGUGACAGAGCAUGAGAUUUUGGGUCCAAAUGCAAUUUUGGUCAAAAUUGGGGUUUUGGGCUAAUCUGACACAUUGACCCGUUCUGAGUAAAAAUCUUCAACUUGACCACAAAAAUCAGCCGUUAUCAUGGAGAUAUUACCACUUUUCGGACACCAUGUUUUUGUCUAACUGUAUCAAAAUUGAGGCAGUAUAUCUUAAUAAUGACUCCAUAUUUAAAUAAUACCAAGAUUAAAUACAUGAUAAAAGAACAAAAGCAACAUGCAAUUAAUGGAAUGUAUUUCUUUUUGUCUCUUUCUUUCAUGUAGUAUAAAAACAUUUAUAAUCUCAAAAUCGUUUCUAUAGCAACACUGUUGUUCAACCUCUUUUUUAACAGUCCCUUGAUGAAUCUAGCAAUAAAUUACAUAGAAUGUGAAAUAAAUACACAAUUAUCUUUUUCUAGUGUGCAAACAGUUUACAGACAACUGUUUUAUGAUAUUUUUUUGAACAAAAUACAGACUUUAUUUGAUAUCAAAUUAGACACCAUCCAAAAAACUAGGACAUUAAUCUUAUUGUUAUAGACACCUUAUCUAUUAAACAGUAAGAAAGAAAAUCAGGCAAGAAGAUAUAAUUAUUAGACUGUUAUUAUCAACUGUGAGUUUGCUAAAAUUUCAGAAGACUUAGAUAUACUGAUCAGUGAAUCAUUACCAUGGCAACGAUGUGUAAUUUCCUUACAAAAGUACUAACAUUACCAUGGCAACAAUGUGGUAUUUUCUUACAAAAAUACUAAACUUUUGUCAAUUUCUUUGCAAUACUUUGAAUAUUUGAAGUGUUUUUCCAUAUAUUUACAUCAAAAGCCGUCUGUUGUCUUAUUUAAAAGUAAGGGACAUCAUUCCAUGCAAAUUAAUGUAAUAUUGUUUGAGAAAUAGAACUUUUCGGAUACACCUCUCUCAGUUACAACUCUUGCCAUUUUAAGGCAGACUUGUGUGAUAACAUAGUGCUUUGCUGGUGCAAUUAUUACAUAUGAAAAUAUAUCACUUACAUAAUACAGCUUAACAAAUAUAACAUAUAAACAAGAAAGAUGUUGUUUACAUAUGAUGAUAUCCAAAAAAAUUUAAAAGUCAAAUUAAUGUUACCAUGGCAACAAUGCACUAUUUUCUUAAAAUAGUAGUAUUUUUGUAAAUUUUCCAGAAAGAAACAGAACAUUCAUAUAGCAUCUGUUCAGUAUACAUUUGUUUUACAUCACAAAUGGUCAGUUAUGAUCAUUUAUAAAAGAAACAUAUUUCAUGUAAUAUAAUUUGACUUUGAGAAUUACAUAUUUUUCUGAUAUGCCUACCUGCAUUACAACUCUGCAAUUUUAUGGCAUAUUUGUGUUAUGACAUGUUUUGUUGAUGCAAUGAUUACACAUAAAAGAUAUUUUCUUGCAGAACAUAGUCUGAUUAGCAGAAUUUUAACAAGAAACAUGCUGUCUACAUAAUCAAACAAAUCUUAAUUUAAGUCAAAUUUGUGUUACCAUGGCAACUCACAAUGUUUUGCAACAAAAAAUAGCUAUUUCUGCAAAGUUCAUGUAAAAAUAUCUUUUAACACAAUUAUAACCAUGGAUUUACAUGAUUAAUUCUUGAAAUAAAAUAUAUUAUAUUUUAUCAGUAACAAAUAUUUUCUGCUAUAUUGGAAGUUUUCUGUCAUGGCCAUUUCUGGGAAAUCCUUCCUACACUCACACUGGCAAGGCAGUUUUGAUUGUAAAAAUUUUCAUCCAAUUUGAAAGGUUGUGCUUUAAAUGUCACACAUGUUGUAGUUUUGAAACAACUAGGAUUCAUUCAACAGACAUUUCUUAGUAUUUCAUAAGUUAAAUUCUGUAUUGUUAGAACAAUUAAGAUAGUGCUUUUCAAACCACUUCACAGCUGUCAUGGCAAUAAAACACCUGUAAAAUACUUUUACCCAAUAUUUCUCACAGUUGACUUAAUUUUACUUUUCUUGAAACACAUUUGUAAUUUGAAUUAGAAUGUUUAACUUUUUCAGGUCAUAAGGGCAGGAAACAUGACCUUAUUUGUGCAAUAUGGAGUUAUUUGCUCAUAUCAGUAUUUGUGACAUGCACUCUAUUCCAUAGGCAUGUUUUCAGCUGGAUGAUCAGUAGAACAUAUUAAUUCCUUCUGUUUCAUACCCAUUCACAUAUUCAUAGUUCUUUCAUCACUGCAAAACAAAAAUUUAACAACAUUAGAACUUCAUUAUAAGAUUAGUAUUAUGUUACAGAAUAUAAAACUGUAAAGCAUCUUUUAAAGCUUAAGAGAGUCUUUUUGUUAAAAGCUGAAUGAAAACAGAAUUGAUAAGUAUAAACUCAUCAAUGAAUCUUACAGUAUUCAAGCAGAAAAAGUAGCUUUUUAAGAAUACAUAAGCUAGCUAAGAUUCUGACAGACUAGACUACAAUUCAUGCAAUCAUACUUAAUGUAAACAUACAUACAUGAUAUAUUUAAUUAUUAUAUAUCAUUACUUAUUCACUUCUUAAUAUAUUAACACAUAUUUGUUGAAUGGGUCUAUAAUUAAAAUCUUUUCUCUUAAAAUGUUAUGAAUAAAAUAGAUCAUUUAUGUUUAUGCUACUUUAAUGUCUUUAUCUUUCUUAGAAUAGCAGUAUAGUAACUGUAAAAUGUAUGAAGAAAUUUACAAACCCCAAAAGAAUCGAGCUUGUGGUGUAUAAACCUUCCUGGAAAAUCCUUUAACUGUUUAAGGUCAUUGCAUCAAGCCAAACAAGAACAUUACAAAAUGGUGAGUAAUCCAGAAAUAAUGGCCAAGUGAAAAGUAUGCAAAUUUAACAAAAAUUUGAAAAACUUUGCAAAAAAAAACUCUCAUUCCAAGUAAAACCAAUGGUUAUUAAUAAAACCCGGCCCGGCCCGGCCCGGACCAAACCACGGAAAUAGCCGAUUCUGAUUAUACGGAAACCACCGGAAACUUACGGACGGUAGGCUAAUAUAAUUACGAAUGAAUGGUGAUACCGACAUCUUAAUCAAGGCAAAUUUAUGAGUAUUUUAUUUCAUUAUUACAGAAACUUUUUAUAAUAAUUUUAUUAUACAUUUACAUUUUGAAUACUAAACUCUUUCUCUACAGUAACUUACAAUUGUCGCAUUGAAAAAUAUUAGUCACGGAUAGAGUUAUUUCGAGGGAUCACCCUCUUAGGAAUACAUUAUUUAUUUUAUUAUACCGGAAAAUAAAUGAAAUGGUUUAUUUAACGUUAAAAAAGUUAUGACUUACCAAAUAAUGAAGACAAAAUUAAGGAGGCUUUACUAGUAAGCAUUUAGAUUGUCGCGACUUUGCUGUAUAAAAAGACUUUUUGAUAAGUAUAGUCUUGAGGUUACAUAUCGCUGUAUUUAUGGGCAUACUUCAACAAAAUCAGCAGCAGUAACAUUCGGAAAACGGCGAUAACUACGGAACAUAUAAUGAGAGCACUCAUUUUCUUAGUAGUUAGUAGUUAGUUAAUUUCCAAUCCGAUGGUGAUAGGGUUUUAUUAAUAACCUAAAUAGGUUAAUAUUUAUGCCUUGUAGACGUUUUAUGUAUGGACUGAUUCAGAUUUGACAUUGCAAGAAAUAAGUAACUGAAGCUGACAAUAUAGAUGUGUUUCAACUGUUCCUGAUCAGUCACUUUCAUGGCAUGGCUAUAUAAAAUGAUCAGGCUUUAAUUAUGUAACUAAACACUAUGACUGACUUUUGUGUUUUUGUCUGGCACCAAAGUCAAAGUCUUCUUCCAUAGAAUCUAAUUGUCUUGCAUACUGAUUCUACUGAAUAAGAGUCAAAACAGAUUAAAAAAACUUUAAUUCAUAGCAGAUUUAGUAAAUAAUAUAUAGUCUACAAUACAAUGACACUUGUAAAUAAAACGUGAAUUGCGCUACCUCCAAACUGUCAUUAGUGUCAAAUCCGGGCUAUUUUUCGAAAAGAUAUCGGACAAAACAGUCGAUAUGAACUCAAAUAAUAUUUUUAAACCCUACAUAUCGUUUAAAUACUUACUUACCUUGACAUUCGUUAACUGUCAUUCUUUAUACAAUCGAAAUAAAUCAUCAAAUAACUGUUUUUGGUAGUUUCAUUUUCUCCGCGACCUUCCAUGUUUACAAAUGGCGUGUCGAUUCAAAGGGCGAUCAAUUAUCAAUCAUUUAAAUUUUUUAAAGAAACGGAAUUGCAAAACACGGAAAUGUUUAUGUCAUUUCAUUUAUUUCUUGUGGCUAGGUAAAGUAUUAUUGAAAACAAUAAUGCAUUAAUUGCCGCGAACACGUGGUAACGUCCACCAUUUUUUGUGACGUAACUUUAAUCGAUGUUUUCUCAAAUGACGUAACGCCGAAUUUGGACCCAAAAUGUCAUGGUGCGUCACAUAUAUGUACAACAUAAUGGUGCUGUUGAAAGCAUACACUGCUUUGUGCAUUGGAAUAUGUAAGAGUAUUCUUUUCUGCUAAUACUCCAUUUUAAUUAAUAAUAAUAUUACAAUACAUGUACUCUUCUCAUGUAGAUAUACACAUUCAAAGGUGCUUUACAGUUCAAAGGUGCUUUGCAGGAAAGCAUUCCAAAAAUUCAUAUAAUUACAGAUUCAGAAGUAACCCAAACAAGACAAACAUAUAUAAGUAUAAACAUUGAAUGACUUUUAGGAUAUUUCUGUUCUACACUUUAAAUAAGAAGAGAUGUUUAUAGUUUGAUUGAUUGCUUAAUUAAGCAAGAAACACGCUGUAGCAUUAUGGGUCACCAUGUAGCUUAUUGGGGUUUGUUUAUACAUUACUAUACAUGGAAACAUUGCUUGGUCAGGCAUCAGUGACUCGAGCACCGGUGCUGACUUGAGCAAUUCAUGGGGUACACGAUUGUUUUCCUUAUUAGCUCACCUAAGCACGUAGUACUCAUGGUGAGCUUUUAGGAUCAUUGGAUGUUUCCGCAAUUUCACUUAAGAACACCAAGCUAAACUUCACAGGAAAGUUCUUUGGGUGGUCCUCUUUCAGAUUUGUUCAGAUCAAGGCCAUUCUUGUAGAAUUCUUGUUACCAUACCAACCAAAAGCAAAAACUUUAAAACUCUUUUCAGGAACUGUUGCUUUGAAAUUAUUAUAAGUUUUACAGAAAUGUUCCUUAGGUGACCCUCUAAUCAUUCUGUUUUGUUAAAAACAACAUUGUCACCAGAGCUUUGGGCUACAUUUCCAUAUAUGGCUGUAUGCAAAACUUCGGCUUGAUUUCAGAAUAAUUUCACAAACAUUUUCCUUAAGUGACCAUCUGACAAAUUCUUUAAAUAAUUUUUUUUCAUUAAAAACAUGGGUUGGAGAGGACAUGGCUAGUUUUUCCUAUAUCGUUAUAUUGAAAACUGAAACUGACCCUCUACCAAAGUCCUCUUACUUCUCCCACUAUCUGUUCUUAUUAAGUGGAAACCUUUAGAAAAACCUUUUGCCAGAAAACACAGGCCUUAUUUCAAAAUAUUUUCACAGAUACUUCCGUUGCGCAGCCCUGUACCAAAAGCUGUUCUAUCAAGCUAUGAAACUCAGGUGAGCAACUAGGGCCAUGAUGACUUUCUUGUAUUAUCUAUGUUUGGAUCACUCAAAACUCUGGACAACUCGAGGAUUUUGCUCCUCUUCUUGCAGCUUUGGGUGAUCAGUGUUUAACUGUAAUGUUAUAUAAUUGAGGGGUGUGUUUGUGCCUUAUUCUGAUUUAAGAAAGGUUACAGUGUUUUUUUCAGCUCACCUCAGCACAAAGUGCUCAAAGAUUAGGUUUUGUUAUAACCCUUUGUCCCAUGUUGUCAAUCUGUCUGUUCUGUGUCAGUCAACAGUUUACUAGACUAAUUUGUUGAAAAAUUUUUGGAAACACAUAAUGUAUGUGGUCAUAAGAUCCUGGUCAAGUUCAAUGUAAUUGAGCAAAAUUACUUAAGUAACACCUGUGUUAUUAUGUCUCCCACUACACAGUGGUGUGGGACACGUAUUGAUUUACUCCUGUGUGUGUGUGUGUGUGUCUGUCUGUCACAAAUCUGGUCCGCACUCUAAGUUGAACAUUUCUCAUUUGAUUUACACCAAACUUAUACAAAAUGUGUUUGCCAAUAAGUCCUCAGCCAAGCCAAAUCGGCCCAGGCAUUUCGGAAUUAAUAAUAAUGGCCCUUGAAACUUGUUUUUGAUUAUCAAAGCACUGAAAGACUGAUAAGGCAGUUGAGGUGACUUGUAUACUACUAUUCAGAUGAUUAGGCAGUUGUGGGAGACAUGACUUGUGCUUUUCUCAAAAUUAAAGCAGCUCUAGUUGUUAAUGAUUUAACAAAAUUUGUCAUAUUUCAUUUUGUUGAUGCAUUAAAGCCGCAUGUCUUGACAAUUUUUGUGAAAUUAGCACAUCAAGAUUAUGCCCAAGAGAUCUAGCUCAUGUUUGCUUUAGCAGCAAAUGCGUUCUGGCCCCUGAAUUGAUAAAUAUUGCAUUAUCAUUUUAUGUUAACGUGUUGGUAGCAACAUUUCAUGAGCAAUCUUCAUAAAUUUGGUCAAACCAUAAAACGAUCUUGUUAAUCAUAUUCAAGUCCCCAAAUAGGUCAUCUGUGGUCAAAACUAGGCCACUAGGUCAUACUAAAGAUAAACUUUUUUAACAUUCCAAAGGCUAUAUCUUUUACCUGAUCUCUGUGAAACUUGGUCAGAAUGUUUGGUUUUCUCAAACUGAGGUAAAGUUUGCAAAUUUGAAAUUUUGGUCUGUAGAUUAACUUCUAAAGAAACCUUGUAAAUACUGUUGCCACAUUAUCAAUAUCUGAUGUACAUGAAACCUGGUUAGAAUGGUUUUCUUUAUGAAAUAGGUCAAUUUUAAAAACUUCUGUACCUUGGGUAAAAAAAACAGGUAGCAUCCUUGCAUGGAGCUUUUUCGUGUUUCUUGAAAUGUCUCUUUAUCAACACAUUCUUAGCACUCGUGGACAGGUUAGAAAAUCAGGGCCUUCAUGACUCCCUUGCUCUAAAUUUGAGGGUUUUAAAUUAACAGUUGAAACUUGAUAUCUUGAAUUCUUUUAUCGCAAAAUUCUGCCUAAUAGUAUUUGAAAGAUAUUUUCAAGUCCCGUCCCUAAAACACAUUCGCAAAAUAUCAUUUUUAAUCGAAUUUCUGAUAUCUUGAAGUAAAGUGCUUGAUCCUUUGGAGUUUGAUAUACCCAGUUUCAACUGUAUAUUUGUACUGAAUUUAAUAUCUCAGCACAAGGAUUGGCAUUAUUUUAGACAUGCACAAAAUGGGCAUCAUUUACUUAAUUAGAUUUGUACAUAAUUUUGAUGAUUUGUGUCAUGUGAAAGGUACCUAGUUAUUUAUUUUUGUUGAAAUUUUGAUGUUGUUUUGUGACUCUUUGUUCGAUAUGAGUAUUGUUAUCAUACCAGUAGCUGUUUUGAUUUCUGCAAUUGAAAUGUUUUGAUCUUUCACAGUUUAAAAAAAAAAAACUAAAUUUUUUAAAAAACAAUUUAAUAUUAAAGAUUGUAUUUUCUCUCACUUCUCAUUUAAGAAAAAUAUUUUUAGAUUUUAUUAUGAGGUACCUUCUCUUGUGAUGUGGUCCAUUUGUUAUUGUUAAAAUCUUUAGUUUUAUUUAGAUUUGUACCUUUAAAAGGCUAGCAUUAAUCAGGUUGGUAGUGUUUAGAUUUAAAGUUGGUAAGUUCAAUAUGUAUUUGAACUGUUACUUUUAAGGAAUGUGCAAAAUGUUGCAAAAAAUAUUUUUCUAAAUUAAAAGUCUAACAUAAAUAUGUUUUUGCCAUUGAUGAUGUAACACAAUUUCAAAAUAAAACAAUAAACCAA